UUCUUAUGUAUUUCACAUCAUUAAAUCAAAUGGGUAUUUAUAUGUAUAUAUGUAUAUAUAUAUAUAUGUGUGUGUGUGUACGCCCAUCGACGAAUACUGAUAAGCAUUUUUUUUUCUAUUAUUCUUUUUUAUUCGUAUUUAUAUACCUGGAUAUGAAGGUUACAUGCGUUUAUAACAGAUAUUGUCGUGCAAUAGCUGAUAUAACCAUCUAUACAUCAUUGUAAUAACUUUUCGAAGAGGUAGUUCAUGGUUUUGUAAGCCACUUUCUAUACAUAUCUCUAUUGUAAAUGAUACCCACAAAAAAAAAGAGAGAGAGAGAGGAAGAGUUGAUUCAUAAUUCUAGUUUUUCUAAAAUGGACGUCAUCUGAACGACCGUCCGUAUUCC